CUCCUCCUCCCGGCGCUGAGACGCCAGGUGCGGGCGAAGGGAGCAGGAGCCGGGCGGGGAAGCGAGGGACGGCCGGGCCGGGCCCGAAGCUUGCACAGAUCUUUGGAAAAUGAUUUCCUCAAGUGCUUACGGGUCUAACACCUGGGAGCUCUUGGUGAUAGUUGAUCAUCAGUGUGAAGAAGAGCAAAAGGAAUUUACACUGCGGGUCACAGGGGACCUUCAUAUUGGAGGAGUGAUGCUGAAAUUAGUGGAACAAAUCAAGGUGUCACAAGAUUGGUCAGACUAUGCCCUUUGGUGGGAGCAAAAAAAGUGCUGGCUACUGAAAACCCACUGGACUCUUGAUAAAUGCGGGGUACAGGCAGAUGCUAAGCUGCUCUUUACUACUCAGCACAAAAUGCUGCGGCUUCGCUUGCCAAACAUGAAGACGGUGAGACUGAAAGUCAGCUUUUCUUCUGUGGUAUUCAAAGCUGUCAGUGACAUCUGCAAAAUUCUCAAUAUCAGACGGUCAGAAGAGCUCUCUUUGUUGAAACAGUCAGAAGAUACACUCAGAAAGAAGAAGAAAAAAGAUAAGAAUAGCAAAGAAGUGGUUACAGAGGACAUUUUAAACUUGUGCAACUCUCCAACAAGUUCUGGAUUGUCAGCGAGUCCAGGUUUAUACAGUAAAACCAUGACGCCCACUUACGAUCCCAUCAGUGGGACACCAGCUUCUUCUACAAUCACCUGGUUCAGUGAUAGUCCCUUGACUGAGCAGAACUGCAGCAUCCUUGCCUUCAGUCAUCCCAACUGUUCUCCAGAAGCACUAGCAGAGAUGUAUCAGCCUCGGACUUUAGCUGACAAAGCCAAACUCAAUGCAGGCUGGCUAGAUUCAUCUCGAUCACUUAUGGAACAAGGCAUUCUGGAGGAUGACCAGCUUCUUCUACGCUUUAAAUAUUACACUUUCUUUGAUUUGAAUCCAAAAUAUGAUGCCGUGCGAAUAAACCAAAUAUAUGAGCAAGCCCGUUGGGCCAUCCUCUUAGAAGAAAUUGACUGUACAGAGGAAGAAAUGUUGAUCUUUGCUGCACUACAGUAUCACGUAAGCAAGUUGUCAUCAUCAUCAGAGACACAAGAUUUCACCAACGAAUCAGAAGUAGAUGAAGUAGAAGCUGCACUUUCUAAUCUGGAGGUGACGCUGGAAGGUGGAAAAUCAAGUAACAUUUUGGAGGACAUCACAGACAUCCCGAAACUUGCUGAUUAUCUCAGGCUAGUUAGGCCUAGGAGACUGUCAAUCAAAACUAUCAAGCCAUAUUGGUUUGUCUUUAAAGACACUUCCAUAUCUUAUUUUAAAAACAAAGAAUCUGGACAGGGAGAACCUAUAGAGAAACUAAACCUAAAAGGGUGUGAAGUUGUACCAGAUGUAAAUGUUGCAGCAAAGAAGUUUGGAAUCAAGUUGCUAAUUCCUGUUGCUGCUGGCAUGAAUGAAGUAUACUUAAGAUGUGACAACGAGAAUCAGUAUGCCCGCUGGAUGGCUGCUUCUGUUUUAGCCUCAAAAGGCAAAACAAUGGCUGACAGCUCUUAUCAUCCUGAGGUUCACAAGAUCCUUUCAUUUCUCAAGAUGAAGAACUGGACUAUGUCUCCCCAGGCUGCCUCUGAUCCAGAAAGCAUAGAUAUGAAACCAGAGUGCUUUGUCUCACUACGUUACACAAAAAAAUACAAGUCUAAGCAGUUGGCAGCUCGUAUUCUGGAAGCUCACCAGAAUGUAUCCCAGAUGCCCCUAGUGGAAGCAAAGCUGCGUUUUAUUCAAGCAUGGCAGUCCCUCCCCGAGUUUGGCUUAUCCUACUACAUUGUGAGGUUUAAAGGAAGCAAGAAAGAAGAUGUGCUUGGGGUGUCCUACAACAGGCUGAUAAGAAUAGAUAUAGCCACAGGAGACCCUAUUACAACAUGGAGGUUCUCCACCAUGAAGCAGUGGAAUGUGAACUGGGAAAUACGCCAGGUUGGAAUUGAGUUUGAUCAGAACGUGUCUAUUGCUUUCACAUGUCUGAGCGCAGACUGCAAAAUCAUCCAUGAGCAUAUUGGGGGCUACAUCUUCUUGUCAACCCGCUCCAAAGACCACAAUGAAUCUCUGGAUGAAGAACUGUUCCACAAACUAACUGGAGGUCAGGAAUGAGGUGAAGUAAGCUCUGCCUGCUUCUCCCCACUGCUUAAGAGAACAAGAGAUAAAGAAAAAUACAUCUCUGAUGGUUAAUUACUGAAUAAUAAAUAAAUUGUACAGGAAAUCGAGGACAUUGUGCAGUGAAUUUCCUCUGUUACAGCUGUGUAAUUCCCACUGUCAAACCAGCCCCUGUUAAACAGGCCAUCCUUUAAUAGAAUGAGUGCUGAAUAAAUAUGUUUUAAAGCUA